AUGGAGAAAGACACCGUACCCGAAGCGACGGGGUCGGCGUCGCCCGUGUUGCAUUCGUCGUCGGAUCAAGCGGACACCUGCUUUUUGGCUGCCACGCACCCGAGUCGUCGCCUCUUCCGGAUAAAUGAAAGCGUUUCGUACUUGCCUCCUACCAGAAAGCCUGCCGAUGGCGACCAGGCUCAGGAAGAAGAGACAGGCGCAGUCUCGGCAACUGAGCCGACGGCCGUUCCGGACGUGACGUCGGAUGGCGACCGACUCGAGAACGCACCUGAGGGGCCCGAGCCGCCCAGGGAGGACGGACUGGCCAUUCCGAACUCUGCAGAGGAUGGCCUUUUAGAGGGUAAGCGCCGGCAACGCCGCGCCUGGUGGUGCCUUCCUUGCAGCCUGUUUGAGAACGCGAAAAACGGCGCGCUGCGAGCCAUCAUGACUAGUUUCGAGCGGUACGCGGCCCUGGUGUACGACUAUCCGUGGCUCUUCAUCUUUCUGUCGCUGCUUGCGACAGCGGGCGUGGCGGUUGGCGUCUUCCUGCGGACGGCGGAAUCGGACGUCUACACCUUAUACAGUCUGAAAACGUCGCCGAGUCAAGUCGCUAAGGACCAUCUCCUUGACGUGAUGCCGCCCGACAGGCUGCUUUACAUUUUGGUCACCGGAGAAAGCAAUCUUUUAACCCCCGAGACCUUGGCUGCGGUUGACAAUUUGAAACGGGGUGUCGAGAACCUCACACUACGCCGCGACGCCGUGACCACAGACGAAUUCAACCACAAGCUGGUUGGCCACGACAAGUAUGCCUUUCCUGAAACGGUCACGUUUCAAGAUAUCUGCGCGAAAGACGGCUCCGGCGAGUGCCAAGUGCAGAGCAUCCUGGACGUGUAUCCGUCCCGCGAGAGCUGGGGAGUGAUGCCUGUCGUGUCGGUGACGUGGCCUGUCGCCAUGAAUCCUGUUACCAACAAAGUGUACCGCCUCGACGCGCUCUUAGGACGCAUUCAGACCUCCGAGCGACCGCCAGAUCCCGCCGCGGGCCUCCCGGCUGCGACAGUCGUCGACGCCGCGGAGGCGCUGCUGAUUCGGAUGGAACUCAGAGGUGACAUGCUGUGGAGGCCGUACACCGCGGCCUUCGAGAAGCUGAUUCUUGACCACCUGCUGGCCGUGAACCUCGGUCCGGGCCUCGUGGUGACCCCGAAGGCCGAGCGGUCGUCGUACGAUGAACUGAAGCGAGUGUCGACUCUCGAUGUGGCGGACUGGCUGCGGCUGUGCGCCGCCGUUCUCGUGGUGUUCAUGUACACGUCGAUCGUCAAUAGCUCUAGGACGUACCGGACCAAGCUCGUGCCCUCGGCUAUGGGGGCGCUCGCCAGUCUUUUGGGGUACGUUGGCGGCGCUGGGCUUGUGUAUCUCUGCGGCGUGCGGCACACGACUCCGGCGGAGGCCACGCCGUUUCUGGCGAUGGGCAUCGGCGUCGACGAUCUCUUCGUCAUCAUCAACGCGUAUUCCCUCACCUACUUGCACCCGAAUCCGAAGGAGCGCGUCGUCGACGCCGUCCGAGACGCAGGCCUGUCCAUCACAAUCACGACUUUAACCAACGUGAUCACGUUCAUCAUCGGCGCCUUGUCCCCGUAUUAUAGUAUCUCUAUGUUCUGCAUCAUCACCGCGGGCGCGCUGACAUGGGGCUACGUCCUCUGUCUCACCUUUUUCCUCGCGGGUCUCAGUCUCGACGCCAGACGCGAGGCGCGGAAAGACCCGCUCGCAUACAGCCUUUUCUGGCGCUUUGUCCCGCGGGCUCUGUACCGAACCCGCUGCGAGCCUGAGCCAGUGCCGCCGACGACUGAAGAGUCCGCACCGCAAGACAGGGACGGUAUCGAACGCGAAGAAGCCGUUACAGCUGACGCGGCGCCGCCCACGCACGGAGAAGACCUCCUGACAACGUAUCAGCUCGCAGCACUGAUGGUGCUGUACAAGAAACACGUACGAGGCGCCGAACUUCGAAGCAGACGGAGGCUCGGGGAUGGAGAGACUGGUGCGGGCGCUGGAGACGGCGAGCCUGCCGCCGCGAAAGUCAGUAAGCCGCCAGCGGAGAGCUACGAGACAAUGGCAACUGAAGACGACCGCGAAGGGCGGAAAGGCGAAGGAGCGGAGGCGGAGGCGCCCAGGAGACUGUCAAGUCACAUUCGCGACAUGAGCACUCAGGAAUCCAUGAUGCUCAUGAAGAACUUUGAACGAGAGCUGCGAAACAAUCCUGACAAACUUCUCAAGUUGUACCAUCCCGAGCCCCUCGGCAAUCCGGGCAGAGGCUCCCGACGAUUCUUUAGAGACUACUAUGGCAGGCAAGUCGUGGGCGCAGUUUUGCCGCGGAUUUGGCGUCAUGUGCUCAAGUCUGAAAUUGCCACCACCCUUACUGUUCGUGCUCCUGGUGGGGUGUCUGGUGGAGGGCAUUUGUGCGGACGUGUAGGGUUGCUGGGGAACAACUUCGUCAAGGCCGCGGUUCUUCUGCUCUUUACGGGGCUCACUGCGGCCGCGAUCUACGGAGUCACCACGCUAAAAUUUGGAUUGUCUUUGAGGAACGUGACGCCGCGGUCCUCGUACCUGCGCGAUUUCUACGAUUUGCACGAGGACAUCUUUCCGCGAUACGGCGACGAGGUCACGGUUUUUUUUCGCGCAGCAAGACAAAAAUGGGCUGUUGUCGUGAACGAUGGCAUGUCGCUUUUUCUGCAAAAGGCCAUGCCUCUCCUUGAAAGUGGAGAUCGUGAGCAAUUUUUGACCGCGUUGAGAACGUGGCUCGAGCGAGAUCCCGUUGGGCAGAAUUUUAGGACGCUUUUCAAGUUUUCUCCCGACAACAACUUAAUCGUGUGGCAGUUCCGAUACUGGAUGCCGCACAAGGACAACACCACGACGCUCUACCGCUGGCUGAAGGAGGGAAAAGACAUCGUGCGUACCGGAGCCCCGUACUUCCAUGGCGAGGUCCACACAGCUUUGGCGGUCAUAUGGGAGUCAGACCCCAAGAUCCUCAGGUUUACCCUGACGAACUUGUCGAUUGCCCUCGUGUGCAUCUUGGCGGUCUCCUUGUUGUUGAUUCCGAAUCUCUUAUCGGCAAUCAUUGUCGUCGUGAUCGUUUCCGUUGUUGACCUGUGGCUCUUCGGCUUCAUGGCGCUGAUUGACUUGCGCCUGAGCAUGAUUAGCAUGGUUAAUCUCCUCAUCUCCAUCGGUUACAGCGUGGAUUUCACGAUUCACGUGGCUCACACCUUCACGCACUGUGUCGGCGUCAGCAGGCGAGAUCGGAUGGUCGAGACAAUGAUUGUCAUGGGCGCGCCGGUGACGCAUGGCAUGCUAUCCACGUUGUUGGCGGUUGUGGCCCUCGCCGGAUCUCCAAAGUACAUCCUCGAGGUCUUUUUCAAAAUGAUGUUCAUGGUCAUUAUUUUCGCGUACUCGGCAGGCAUGAUUCUGUUACCGGUCGUCCUCAGUCUGAUGGGUCCGCGCCGCAGUCACAAGAAAAACACUUUGAAGGACGGAAAAGCUCCGAGCCGAAGCACCACUCAGCUGAUGGAUAGAAACAUGUCACAUGCGCCUGUCGAGGGCUGGGCAGAGGGGGUCUAG